AAAGAAGUGGAAAUUGGAAGAAAAAAAAAAUAUUUAAAAUUUUUAUAUACUACUUGUAAAAUAAAAAUUAAAAUAAUUUAAUUAUUGAAUGAGAUAUGUGAAUCUGCUCGAUAAUGAUUUUCACUACCACCUUAUUGACUUCAUUUGUAAAACUUCUUCUUAUUCCGUCAUAUCGUUCUACCGAUUUUGAGGUCCAUAGAAAUUGGCUAGCUAUAACACACAGUUUACCACCAAAUAAAUGGUAUUUCGAAGAUACUUCACAAUGGACCCUGGAUUAUCCACCGCUGUUCGCUUGGUUUGAAUAUAUCUUAUCUUUUGUAGCUGUGUUGUUUGAUCCAAAAAUGCUCAACAUUAACCAUUUAAAUUACUCGUCAAAUAAUACUGUUUUAUUCCAAAGACUUUCAGUUAUAAUUACGGAUUUAAUUUACGCUUUAGGCGUCUUCAUGUGUUGCAAGUCUUUACAAAAAAGUUGGGGUAAAGAAGUGGUUUUACCAAUACUUUUAAUAACUAAUUGUGGACUGUUAAUAGUAGAUCAUAUACAUUUUCAAUAUAAUGGUAUAAUGUAUGGUAUUUUAUUAAUUUCCAUCGCAUACAUGCUGCAGGCAAAAUAUUUGCAAUCCGCUUUUUGGUUUACAAUUCUACUGAAUAUGAAACAUAUUUACAUAUACUUGGCACCUGCUUACUUUAUUUAUCUUCUAAGGCACUACUGUUUACAAGGAUCAUUGCAAAUGAAUAAAAUUUUUUCCUUUGGUAAACUGAAAAAUUUUAUAACACUGGGAUCAUUAGUUUUGAGUAUAUUUCUUAUAACGUUCCUACCUUUUUAUGACCACAUUCCACAAGUUCUCUCUAGAUUAUUUCCCUUUAAAAGAGGUCUGUGCCACGCUUACUGGGCGCCUAAUGUAUGGGCACUUUAUAAUAUUUUCGAUAAAACUGGUUUUUUUAUAGCUCAAAAAUUAAACAAACAUUUGGUGAAAAACAUGACAGCAUCAAUGACAGGAGGUCUAGUACAAGAAUUUUCAUAUUCUCUAUUGCCAAACGUUACACCAGCAACUACUAUGAUACUAACAGCUUUAUUUAUGUUACCAGCGUUGGUAAAAUUGUUUCUAUUAAACAAACCAAUCCAUUUCUUGAGAUGUAUGGUAUUGUGUGGUUUGACUGCUUUUUUGUUUGGUUGGCAUGUACACGAGAAAGCUAUUAUUAUGGUUAUUAUACCAUUAAGCAUUUUAUCAAUUUUUAACGCCAAUGACGCCAAGAUAUUCUUAAUACUAUCCACAGUUGGGCACUACUCAUUAUUUCCUCUUUUAUUUGUGAAUUCUCUAUUACUAGUAAAAGUUUUACUUCUUUUACUUUAUACUUUAUAUUCUUUUCAUAGUUUAUCAACUCUCCAUACACAAGUUUCGCCUGUUUAUAGAUUCAGCUUACCUCUUCUUAAUUCUAUAGAAAGUUUUUAUUUAAUGGGCCUAAUUGGAAUAUUUUUAUAUGAAAAUGUAGUACAUGUUUGUCUAGGCCUGAAUAAUAAACUGCCUUUUUUGCCAUUAAUGAUUACUUCUGUGUAUUGUUCGAUAGGAGUUGUCUAUUGUUAUAUUUAUUAUUAUAGAGAAUUUAUGAAAAGUAGUGAUGUACAAAAGGUGACUAAAAAAGAAUAAAACAAUAAAGUUUUUGUUUUUAUUA